AUGUCAAUUGAGUUCGAAAGCAAAAACGAUCAACAUAUAAACCAAGUACCGAGGGAAUCUCUUGGCGAAAUUCAUCAUCAUGAUCAUAAAAAGGUUCAUUUUGGAAAGCCAUAUUUUGCUAUAUUAUUGGCGGCCUUUACUUCACUGGGUGGAUGGUUUUUUGGCUAUGACCAAGGUGUUACAGGUGGUAUCGUGAUUAUGAAUUCGUUUAAAAAUGAUUUUUGUAUUGGUGUAUAUGGUAAUUCAACUGUGUGCAAUUUUCCAGUACCUGCUUUACCUAGCGAAUACAGGCAAUUUUUGGUACUAUUUACGCUAUUGUACAAUGUCGGAUGCUUUUUCGGUGCUGUCUUCAUUACUGCAUUUGUGGCAGAAAAAUAUGGACGUCGAGCUAUCAUUUUCACAUCGGCAAUUCUUUUUCUAAUUGGAACCUCAAUGGUUAUUUUCCCACCAGGAGGUUCCAAAAAGAUCAUGAUUUUGAUUCUUAUUGGGCGGAUUGUUGAAGGUACUGGUGUUGGUUGUUCUUCAUUUUCCUGCCCUUUAUACGCUUCAGAAAUAGCACCAACGAAUCUGCGUGGAAUGCUUUCUGGUUUUAUGCAAAUGACUGUAGUCAUUGGAUUGUUCGCUGCUAAUAUAGUAAAUAUUUUAUUACAAAAUCAUAAAUGGGGCUGGCGAUUAUCAAAUGGCAUUAUUUUAAUUGCUCCGAUUACAAUUAUUAUUGGUAUAUUUUUUUGUCCUGAAACUCCGCGAUGGUUGUACAAGAAUAAGGAUCGUGAGUCAGCCGAGAAAAGUUUAAAGCGCAUUCGUAGAAUGGAUGAUGUAACUGCUGAAUUAGACGCUAUUUCUGAUGCCAUAGAAGAAGAAGGUAAUCAGGUUUCAUGGAAAGAACUAUUCACAAAAAAAAAGAUGCUCGAAAGACUCGGCGUUGGUAUGGCCAUGCAUAUUUUACAACAGGCAACGGGUAUUAAUCCUAUAUUUACAUUUGGUGGUAUUAUUUACGAAAGUGUGCUUGGAAAGGGUAUCAUUUCAUUAUUGGUUUUAUCUGGCACAAAUUUACUAAGCACAAUACCAGCUCUAUUUUUGGUUGAUAGACUAGGACGUCGAAAGCUUCUCAUAAUUUGUGGCCUAGCUAUGGUAGUUGGUCAUCUUGUAGCAGCAACAAUAUUUGUUACAGGUUGCGAUGUAGCCACAUCUAUAAUCAAUGGAACUACACAAAGUCAAGAAACUGUGGAUUGUAAAACGAGUUCUGGUAUACUAAUGCUUGUUGCUACUGCUGUUUUUGUAGCAUUUUUUGCACUUUCUUGGGGACCAAUCGCCUGGAUUUAUGCAGCUGAGAUCUUUCCUCUUAACGUUAGAGCUAGAGCUGUUUCAUUAACCACAGGUAGCAACUGGUUUAUGGGUACAGUUAUGUCUUACAUAUUGGAGUUAAUAGCACCUAUAGGAAUUCAUGGAGUCUUUUAUCUUUUUAGUGGUUUGACUUUAUUAGCUGUAGUUUUCGUAUAUCUUUUUUGUCCAGAAACAAGAAGAGUUUUACUGGAAGAUGUUGAAGAACAGUUUGAUAAUUUUCAAUUGAAGAACAGAACAGUAUUAAAACUAUUAUGGAAGCCAUGCCAAAAGAAGAGAAAAAAAACGAUGCAAGUAAACGUUAUUGAAAUGCAAUCAUAA